AUGCCGUCAUGUUCCAAACCCGAAAUUACCAGCGAGCACUUGCUGAAAACGUACGUGGACGCGAGGGAACUGACUCGCUUUGAGCAGCGCUAUAACAACCAUCUGCAGCACGGUCACGUGGUACCGGCCGUCCAGUACGACUACGGUCGAUGUCUGAUCUUAAGUCACCUUCCGGCCGACAUUAUCAAGGGAAUCGUGCUGAUGGAACAGCUUCUUCAGUUCGAUUACAAGGCAACCAACUGUUGCUUCUUGACCGCUAUUGGACACGCCAAGUUGGGAAACCACAACACGGCCCUCCAGUUCACGAAGAUGCUGCUCAAUAAAGAACCCAACGACCGUCAGGGACUCGAGCUUCAGGCUCGCAUGAACCGCAAGAUCAUCAAGGAAUACCUCUUUCAAAUGUCCGUUGUCGGAGGAGCGGUAGUUAUAAUGGGAGUUCUUAUAUCCGUGGUGCUCACCAGGCAUCGCCGUUAA